AUGUCACCAUUGCAAGGAACUAGGUCACUUCAAGUCAGAUUGCCCUCAACUAAAGAAAGGCAAAAAUCCAAGAAAGAUAAAAAGAAGGUGAUGAUGGAAACAUGGGAAAACUUGGAGAAUGACACUAGCUCUGAGAGUUUUGAUCAAGAAGCUCAGCUGUGUCUGAUGGCUGAUCAUGAUGAUGAAAAUGAGGUAGAUCUCUUUGACUUUUCUAUUGAAGAAUUCCAGUACAUUAUUAAAGACAUUACUGUGGAUUCUAAGAAACUCUUGGAUAAGUAUGCGAAAUGUAAGAAAGAAAAUGAGGCAUUAAGGACAGAAAAUGAUCUUUUUUUGAAAAAGGUUAAGGCAACUGAAACUUGUAAUGAAAAUUUUUUAAAAGAAGAAAACAGUGCCUUACGAGCUGAAUUAGAGAAAUUCAAACUCAAGCAUAAGGUUACUGCUUCCACUGAUUUAAUUUCUGAAAACAAAAAGCUGAAUGAACAAAUAAAAAAUCUGAAUGAAGACCUAGCAAAGUUUGUUCAAGGUUCUCAAAAUUUGAACAAACUGCUUGCUUGUCAAAGAAAAUCUGAUUGUAGAGUCAUUAAUGAGAAAACAGGAGCUAUUUUGUUUGUUGCCAAAAGAAGUGACAAUGUUUAUGGUCUUACACUAGAUAAUCUUAAAGUUCAAAAUGUAACUUGUUUCUCUUCAAUGGAAUAUGAAAAAUGGAUGUGGCAUAAGAGCUUAGGACAUGCUAGCAUGCUCCAAAUCUCUAAGCUUGUAAAGAAAAGCUUAGUAAGAGGGCUUCCUAAUAUAAAAUUUGAUAAGGAUAUCAUUUGUGAUGCUUGUCAAAUGGGUAAACAAAUAAAAACCUCUUUCAAACCCAAGAAAGACGUCUCAACUAAGAAACCAUUGGAAUUGUUACAUCUUGAUCUAUUUGGACCAACUAGGACUCAAAGUCUUGGAGGAAAAAGUUAUGGCAUGCAAGCAUAUAGAGUAUAUAAUAAGAAUUCUAAAACUGUUGAAGAAACCAUGCAUGUCACAUUCUGUGAGUCUAACACUGUUUCUAGUGUUUGCAUUGAUGAUAGUCCAGGUUUUGAAGCUGAAUUGUCCAAGAAUACUGAGUCAGCUCCUCAAAAUUCAAGUUCUCAUGAAGCUGCACCUGUUAGCAGCGAAAAUUCCAAUUCUGCAGGAGACAAUUUGGAAUGA